AUGGCUCGCCGCUGCGCAAACAACUACUGGCUGCAGCUGUCGGACAGCAUUCAGCGGGCCUCAGACUCGGGCAAUGUUAGAGGCAUGUACGAGGAGAUCAAGCGAGCAACUGGGAGACCGGUAGCGAGGACGGCUCUGUUGAGGUCCAGGUCGGGAGAGCUUAUCUCCAACAGGACCGAACAGUUGAAUAGAUGGGUUGAACACUAUCUCGACCUUUACUCCAACGUUAACAACGUCUCGCAGGAAGCGCUGGACGCUAUUGAGAACUUGCCUUUCCUCGAUGCUCUGGAUGCUGAACCAUCUGUCGAAGAGCUAAACAAAGCCAUCGACAUCCUCCCAUGUGGGAAGGCAGCUGGAGAAGUUGGAAUUCCCCCAGAGGUCAUCAAAAGUGGCAAGCCGGCCUUACUUGGCCCCCUACACGAGCUCUUAUGUCUUUGCUGGAGGGAGGGCCAGGUACCGCAAGACAUGCGCGACGCAAAGAUUAUCACUUUGUACAAAAACAUAGGCGAUCGUAGCGACUGCAACAACUACAGAGGGAUAUCGCUACUCAGCAUUGUGGGCAAGGUCUUCGCCCGUGUGGUGCUCGGUCGCCUACAAGCCCUCGCUGAUCGCGUUUACCCGGAAUCCCAGUGCGGUUUCAGGGCCCAGAGGGGCACAUCAGACAUGAUUUUCUCAUUACGCCAGCUGCAGGAGAAGUGUCAGCCUUUUAGUAUCAAAAGCGGGGUAAAGCAGGGCUGUGUCCUGGCCCCUACUCUCUUCGGCAUCUUCUUCUCACUGCUGCUCAAGUUCGCGUUCAGAGACUCAACUGAAGGCAUCCUUCUACACACCAGAAGCGAUGGCAAACUUUUCAACUUGGCUCGUUUGAGAGCAAGAACAAAGGUCCGCGCUGUCCUCAUCAGAGAGUUGCUCUUUGCUGAUGACGCGGCGCUGUCUUCCCAGACCGAGGAGGAUCUACAAAGGCUGUUGGGCUGCUUCGCUCACGCCUGCAGGGAGUUUGGCCUGACAAUCAACAUCAGGAUAACAAAUGUUAUGGGUCAGGAUGUUGUAGUGCCCCCGUCUAUCACCAUUGACGGUAAUCAGCUCGAAGUCGCCGAGCGUUUCACCUACCUGGGCUCCACUAUCAGCAACAACCUGUCCCUCGAUAGCGAGAUCGACAAGAGGAUUGCAAAAGCGUCAAGUGUGAUGGCCAAACUGAACGAAAGGGUGUGGUCCAACAGGCAGCUGUCGCUUCACACUAAGCUGAAAGUGUAUCAUGCGUGCGUCACUAGUACCCUUCUGUACGGUAGCGAAACCUGGACCACAUACGCUAAACAGGAAAACCGUCUAGAUUGCUUCCACCUUCGCUGCCUCCACCGCAUCCUUAACAUCACAUGGGAGGACAGGGUCACAAACACAGCUGUUUUGGAGCAAGCCGGCACAAUGAGCAUGCAUCUCCUCCUGUGCCGGCGCCGUCUCCUGUGGCUCGGACACGUGCAUCGCAUGCAGGAUGGUCGCAUUCCCAAGGACUUGCUCUACGGGGAACUAGCUGCGGGUGCGCGCCCGACCGGCCGUCCGGCUUUGCGCUUCAAAGACGUCUGCAAGCGCAGCCUCAAAACAGCAUUUAUCGACCCCCAAACCUGGGAGCGGCUUGCGGUCGACCGCUGCAGUUGGCGGCGGGCCGUUCGGGAGGGAGUCCGGAGGGGUGAGGAGCUGCGCAGCCGUGAGCUUGAAGACAAGCACCGUCUCCGGAAAGCCAGACAGCAAACAAGGAAUAACAUGGUCGCACCAUCGGACUUUAUUUGCGCCAACUGCGGUCGUGACUGCCAUGCCCGAAUCGGCCUGGCGAGCCACUCGAGGCGCUGCCGACAGCGUGUUGUGCGAUGA